AUGAAGGGCGCCGCGCUCGGGCUGUGCGCCCAAAGGAGGUACCUGAGCGUGUACAACUUUUUCAUCUGUGUGAGGAAGGGAGGGGAGGCCACGCUGAUCAAAGAUAUCAAGCAGCGCUACGUGAAGGAGGUAACAAUAUAUCAAGCGCAGAAAAAGAACGUCGCGGAACAAAAAAAGGAAAAAAGCAAAAAAGAAAAGCAUUUAGUUCGAUUAGGCAAAUGCAGUGGAGGGGUACAAAUUAAAUGCUCUCCUUCGCUCAUUUAUUUGCUAUCAUUAAAAUGUGGUUAUGUCGAAAGCAUAUGGCUGAACGUUUCGAAGAAUGCCUCCUGUACUUCCUUGGCCUCCCUGGAGGAUAUUAUCAGAAGGGUCCCUUGGGAUACCUACAUUUCCCCAAACCAUUUGGAAGACAUCCCUUUGAAGGUCACUUCGCGAAAGUCAAAGCUCUUUGACGUUGCCGACAUUGGACGUGCUGUACGUGGUCGAUUAAAUGAGUUCGUUAGGUCAUACAGAGGGAGUCACAUCGCAGGGGGGAACAUCACAGCACAGAGCUCUCCAUCGACAGACGCAUGUCUCAUAACCCCCCUAUUGGACCACCCCCCUCCGGGUGAACACACACACGAAACGAAUGUGGAAAACACAAACCAAAGGAUAAAAAAUAACAAAUGGAAUUUAUUAGCUGUUCAUAUUGAAGAUAACCUAUGUAAUGUGGAUCUCAAAUUUACGGGCAAAUUGUCUCCUCGAUUUUAUCAAUACUGUCAUGUGGACCAGCUAGACCGUGUGGCUAACUAUGACAAAUGCGACAAUCUGAAUUUCCAUUCGCUGUUCAAUAACGACUUUCAUAUCGGUGAUGGAAAAAUUAAGAGAAAAAAAAAAAUUCAAUUAAGUGAAGAAAAUGAAAAUGGCCCCUCUGGGGAGGAGAGGCAUCACUAUUAUAAGUACAACUAUUUUGGGCAUUCCCUUAAGAGGGAUUCACCAGAGCGUCUGACCACUGCCAAAGAGGUAGCACCACCACGGGAGAAGUGGCACAUUAACAGUCAUCCCAAUGGAAGUAAUGAUAGUCCCUACGUGGGCGACCUUUCCAAUAAGGAAGAAAUUGUAAGGGGGGGUGGAACUGGCCUACCCGCAGGGGAAAAAUGCGCUCGUGAGGAAACACCCAGGAGAGAGGAUACCCCCGACGCGGUAACGCACAACGUGGAGAAAGACAAAGGGGAAAAUCAGAACCAUCGCACUGAAGCAAAAACAAGCAGUGCACUCGACAUGCCACUCGACAUGCCACAAACCGACAACGAACGUGUGCUGAACUACCUGCGCGACAUGGAAAUAAAGAGGAUGAACCACCAGAAUAACAAUUUCUUUUUAAGUGACGACUGCUACGACGCAGCUAGCUGUAUAUAUUCGCUAGCUGUUCAAAAAUGUCUAAAGAAUCAGAAGCAUGUAAAACUCAUUUGGGACCCCUUCUGCUCCAAUGGCAACAUCAUCUUCGAGCUGUUGUUUUAUUUUCUUCGCAUUCCAAUUUACAGCGAACAACAAAUUUUACCUUUCAUGAAUUUGAAAAUACAUGACCACCAAGAGUUUCUACGCAUUUAUCGAUACGUUUUGGACAACCCAGAUGGUGCACAGAACCACCAGGUGCAGUUAAUCGGUACCGACAGUCGGAGCAUUAUGAUUGCCCAAUGUAAAAAGAACCUAGUCAGGUACGCAUUGUACUAUAAACACAUUUUUGAGAAAGAACUCGGAGUCAACAAAAAAACCUUCACCCUGUACGAGCAGUUCGAGCAGAUGCUAAGCUCAAAAAGUGACUGGAAGGGAGUGUACGUCCUCAUCAGAAAUCAGGUCUUUUUAAACAAAUCGAAAUUGGAAUGGAACAAAUUGUUGUCAUUAAGAGACUCCAAGGGUAGGCACUUAACGUUACUCAGUUGGACGGGGCGAAAAAAAAAUUUAUAUUCUUUCGCAACGGAGGACGACAAGCUGAGGGAGCUAGAACGGUUUAGUGAGAGUCUGACCUUUGAGGCGUAG